AUGCCAACUUCGCGUGGCAGGAGACAAAAGUUUUCUUCUCAGGAGGAUGCGUACCUUUGCAAUUUCAGAGAAUGGCGAAAUGAAGAAGUAUCAGAAUCAUGGGCUCAGUUUCUCGCCAGAUACGAGAAGAAAUUCUGGGCCGAUCCCCAUAGUUCAGCGUCACUAUUUCGAAGGGCCGAAAAGCUUUCUGGUCAUCGUCAUCAGACUCUAUCUCGAGUUGAAGAAAUGAUGCAUCAUAUGCUUAAGAUGCGCAAAUCGAGUCUCUUGUGGACAUGGGGAAGAAUCGGCCAGGCUUUUGGUACCAAUGCGAGGACUGCUUCUGCGGCAUAUAAGAAUUUCUUAGAGAGGAGCGGAAUCGACGAAGACGAGAAUGAAUCUCGUCGUAUAAUGUGGACUGAGUCCGACAGAAGGAGACUCGGUAGGGCGCGUCAUCUCGGUUACUCAUGGGAACGUAUAUCUAAGCAAUUUGGUCGCGAGGAGUAUAUCUGCAUGUCGGCACAUUACAUACAAUCUUAUGGGGGGAGCAGCGGGCAUCCCAUGCAAAAGUCAGCGGGUGCCCCGGAGGUUAAAGAUGAGGGUGAAGAUUAUCAAUGGGUGAAGAGUCUCGUUACACGAAAUGAAAGAGGACAAUCACAGCCUAGGUCUGGCGUCACAAAUGCUAAACAAUCAGGAAGCGGCAGUUCGCAGUCAUGCUUCACUAAUUCAGAGCACGUGAAGAGCCAUUCUGUAUUGAAAUUGGAACAGAAUUCUAAGUUGAUCGGCCGUAUACCAACAAAGCAUUCGCUUGAUGGAAGCAAGGCUGCAAUGGCACCGACAUCUCAGGCUGGCAGCGGUUAUUGUGCCCCCUUAAGAGCGGCAAAGCCAAUUUGUAGAGAAAGUCUUGCGAAAAUGAGAUUCGAUGGAUGUGCGGCGAGCCCAAAUUUUCUACAAACAUUUGAUUCUCGGCUACCUGAAACUGGCCGCCGGAAUGAGUUUGGUCCCAGAGGUUUCGUCAAGAUCGACACAGAGACGGCCAGCCAUUGUUUUCCGGCCAGUCUCAAAAAUCGAAGAAGUUACAAGCCCAGCUGCAGUGAAGAACUAGAUGGACCAUAUGUCAAGGUGAAGAAAGAAGUGGAAGAUGAUGAAAGCAAUGAGAACAUGAAAUAUUGCAUGAUUAGUAAAUCAAGAUGA